AGUUUUAGGUCCGUGUUCGUGUUCAUGGCGGAGGUGCGAGGUGUGAUAUCGAUGGACGGACGAUGAGCGAUGGGUGCGGUGAAGGGCUGAGGUAUCUAACCCCAGUAGGUCUUUUGUGUGCAUCACGAUACCUUGAUCUCGGGUCAUUCAUUUUCACCUAUAGGAUUUCAAAUUGGGUUUUUUAUAGGAUGCACCUUUCCACCCAGUGCGAGGUUAUUUGGUAAUGCGCCGGACGUUAAUUACUUCUUGCAUGUUUCCCGCAGCAACUCUCAAAAUCUCGUGUAAGGCUGUACAGGAUUGGAUCCCUUGCUCGGUGUGGUGCACGAAGGGUAAGGUUACGGUGUCUCCGUCCCCAUACAGGCGGAGUACAGGUACACGUUCACGUACGUUAGCACGGACUCGUAUCGUUUAUGUCAUUGAGUGCCGAGGCGAAUAUAAAUAUGGAUGCUUCAAAUAGGAAGAAUGGGGAAGUGGAUGAUAAAGCUUUCGUAAGAAAUUUUGGGAAGCGAUCGGUAACGGGAAAGAAUAAUCUGGUAACAAGAUACCGAGAUUAUUUUACUGGAAAAUUCCAAGACAAAUUCAGGAAAAGUGAUCGUCUGGAUCAGAAACCUUUACAAGAGGAGAAUAUCAAGUCGAAAUCAGAGCCAGUUUCAAUACCUCAAUCACAAUCACAAUAUCAACCACCACCCAAAACCACCACCGAAAUCAUGUCUGCUGAAUCAUCCUCAACCCAGCCUGUCUGGACAUCUGAUACUUCCAAAACAAAACCAACAGUCAUUUCUGACAUCGAAUCUGCAACUCAUAGCAUCCAAGCCAUCUUCCGAGAUCUCAAAUCCAUCAGCCCAGAGGAUGCAAAUACUCUUCUCCAACUCUUCUCUUCGGAGAUCAAGGGUGUCCAAAAUGACAAUACGCUUCUUCUAGAGAGGACAGUACAAUUACUAUCUUCUCAACCGGAAACUUCAGGAAUUGGAAAGAGUCUAUCAGCAAGUUUUGUGAAUACUCUUUGGGAUGCUCUACCGCAUCCACCUAUGAGGAGUUUGGAUAAGAAAUAUGUGUAUAGGGAUGCGGAUGGUGGGAAUAAUAAUAUUCGCAUGCCGGAUUUAGGGAGAGCGGGGACGGCUUAUGCAAAGAAUGUUAAUGCUGUGAGAAUGAAGAAGAAGGAUUUACCUGAUCCGGGAGAGCUUUUUGAUGGGUUGAUGAAGAGAGGUGGAAUAGAUGGAGAAGAGGCGUUUAGAGGGAGUCCGACGGGUAUUAGUAGUCAGAUGUUUUAUUUGGCUACUAUUAUUAUUCAUGAUCUUUUUCUUACGGUAGGUGCAUUUGUUUCGAUGAUCAAUAUCAUCAGAGGAAUUGAAGAAGCUAAUGACUAGGGGAUAGGAUCAUGAAGAUAUGACUAAGUCGAAGACGAGUAGUUAUUUGGAUCUCUCACCUCUCUAUGGAUGCAAUCAAGAAGAACAAAAUUCAAUUCGAACAUUCGAAGAUGGUAAACUGAAACCAGAUUGUUUCUCUUCAAAGAGAAUCUUAGGAUUCCCUCCUGGCGUGGGGGUUUUCUUAAUUAUGUUCAAUCGAUUCCAUAAUUAUGUAGUGGAAAUGCUUGCUCAGUUAGUAUACCCAUUUUCAUUCUUCUAUAUUUGGAUAUCAAAGCUAAUUAGGAUGUCAGAAUCAACGACAAUGGUCGUUUCACGAAGCCAAAACCAGAGGCGGAAGAGUCCGCUUUUGAUAAGUACGACAAUGAUCUCUUCCAAACAGGUAGGCUUGUUACUUGUGGCUUGUAUGUCAAUAUCGUUUUGAAAGAUUAUGUUCGUACGAUUUUAAAUCUCAAUCGUACAACUUCGAAGUGGGAUUUAGAUCCAAGAAUUGAGGAGACUAAGAAUCUUUUGAGUAAUCCUGCUGCCGAGGGGGUGGGAAAUCAAGUUUCCGCUGAAUUUAAUUUGAGUAUGUUCCAUUCACCUUAUGCGUUAAAUUUUACCAUACAAAUACUUAUUUGAUAAAUAGUCUACCGUUGGCACUCAGCUAUCUCUCAAAAAGAUGCAGAGUGGACCAACGCAGAGUACGCCAGACUUUUCCCUAAUAAAAAUCCAGCUGAUGUCACGCUUCCCGAACUUCUCAGAGGUCUUUAUACAAUGGAAGCGGAACUUCCUAGCGAUCCUUCUCAACGCUCUUUUGCGAACCUUACUCGUCUUCCUGAUGGAUCAUAUGAUGAAGGAUCCCUCGUAUCAAUUUUCCAAUCAUCAGUGGAAGACCUUUCUGGUGCCUUUGGUGCCACAAACGUUCCACCUAUCAUGCGUUCCAUCGAAAUCCUUUCCAUCAUGCAAAGUCGUUCUUGGAAUAUGUGCACGUUAAAUGAAUUUCGUUCUUUCGUGGGAUUGACACCUCAUAAGUCAUUUGCGGAUAUAAAUCCGGAUCCUAUCAUUGCAAAACGAUUAAAGGAGUUUUAUGGCACUCCUGAUGAUGUGGAAUUAUACCCUGGGGUUGUGGUUGAGAAGACUAAGCCCCCCGUGGUGCCCGGUAGUGGUUUGUGCACGGGGUAUAGUAUUAGUUAUAGUAUUUUGAGUGAUGCCGUCGGAUUGGUUAGGGGAGAUAGGUUUUAUACUGCGGAUUAUUCGCCGGGUACUCUUACUAAUUGGGGGUUCGUUUAUUUACUUUUUCCUCUGUUUUCAUUGUCAAUCUUCUCAAUCUCAAAAGGUUACUAACAUGGCCAAUAGUUAUAAUGAGGUACAAUUCGAUACCAAUGUCGAUGAUGGUGCUGUGCUUUACAAAUUAAUCCUUCGAGCUUUCCCGAAUUAUUUCGAGGGAAAUUCCAUAUAUGCACAUUUUCCAUUCACAACACCUCAAGUUAACCGUGAGAUCCAAAAGAGUUUGGGAAGAGAGGGACUCUAUAGCUGGGAAGUUCCAAAAAAGAAGGCAGCGCUGUCGAGCGUGCAGACCUGGAAAGAAUGUAAGGGGAUUUUGGAGGAUUCGAAUAAUUGGAAGGUUAGUUUUUCUUUAUUCCCAACUAUGUGUAAAGGUCACUUUUUGGGGGAAGACAAUCGAAAAGAUACUAACUAUGAAUAAUUUAGGUAACAUGGGGUCCAACAAUUUCUGUUUUAACUUCGCAGGAAUCUAGCGAUUCUUCAAAAACUGACACUUCACCGGCUGUUCUACCCUUCUGCCUCGCUGGUGAUGCUCCUAUAAAUGCUACCUCUCGAUCUCUUGUAAUAUCUUCUUUCUAUGAUCUUCCAACUAAUCAUGAUCAUAAAAAUGAUAAAGAACAUCCGGAUUGGUCAUCUGCGCUCACUCAGUUCUUUACGGAUAAUACGGCGGAUUUGUUGGAAAAACAUAAAGUUCUUAUUCCGACCCUUAGCAACUCCGCUUCUACCAAUGAGAAUGGCACAGUCCCCAAAACCUACAGAAUCGACGUUGUGUCCGAUAUCUGUAACCGGGUCUUCACUCGUUUCGCAGCUGGUGUUUUCGAUAUCCCACUAAAACUCGGAAUGGGAAACACAGUCGACGUAAACAUAACUACAGACCCCGAAGAAGGAUACACAGAAGAAGAAUUAUACCACUCACUUUCCAUUGCAUUCAUAUGUAUUUUCAACAAUCUCGAUGUUACGAAAUCUUUCGCAAUAGAUCAACAAGCUCGAGCUAUAGCUAAGAAACUUGGGGAUAUAUUGAUGGAGAGGGCAAAGGAAGGAAAGAUUGGAGAAGCUUUUGAUGGGUUGAAGGAAAAGUUGCAUAGUUUGGUUUUUGAUGAUAAGACUGAGAGACAUGUUGAAGGUUGGGUUCAGAAGGAGAAGACGAGAUUGGCGUUGAAGGGGUAUGGGAAGGAAAUGUUUGAGAGGUUUAUAGAGGGGGGGAAGAAGGUGGGAUGGGGUGUUAAGGAGGUGGUUUGGGAACAAAUGUUUGUCUUUUUCUUUUUGUUCCAUCAUUUUUUCAUUUGUCUCCCUUUUCUGAAUAUUUAUUCAACUUUUUUGUUUUGGAUUCUCGCUAACAAAAAAAAUCAGUCUUCCAACUUCAGCAGCGGGAACGGCAAAUCAAUCUCAGCUUCUCUCUCAAGUUAUAGAUUAUUAUCUUAGUGAUGCUGGAUCAUCACAUUUACCGCAACUUUAUACUCUUGCGCAUGAAAAUAGCAAAGAGGCUGAUAAUUUAUUGUUACGAUAGUAUGUUCUCUCUCCUAUCUCAUCCCCGCACAUAAGCCCAAAGGGAAAUGGAAAUGUAAAUAACAAACUCAAACUAACAUCUCAAAGUUUCCUCGAAGCAGCUCGAAUCCACGGAAAUGUCGCCUUACUCCGUGCUUACUCCCCAUCUCAAACCACCUCUCAAACCCCAACCACCACAUCCACAUCCACAACCCCAUCACCAUCCACCCCCUACACCCCAGGAACCAUCGUCCUCCUCAAUCUCCCCGUCGCGCACCACGACCCUACCGCCUUCCCCAACCCGGAAACCGUCAAGCUAGAUAGAAAUCUAGAUACCUAUCUCACAUUCGGACAGGGAAGACAUGCAUGUCUUGGGAAGAAUGCGGCGUUGACGGGUAUGUUGAGGGUUUUUAGGAUUAUUGUUGGACUUAGGAAUUUGAGGCUUGAAGGAGGGAAGAAAGGGGGAAUGAAGAGUGUGGGGCAGGGGUUGGAAUUGGGGUAUUUGAGUGAGGAGUGGGGGAAUAUAGGGCCGUUUCCGAUGAGUUUGAGGGUGCUUUGGGAUGAGUAGGGUCUGCGGGGGCGGGGGUUGAGUGGAGUUUUUGAUGUUUGGUUUGGGUUUUGUUUUUGUUCUUUUUGUCUGGGUAGUUGCUAGUAAGUAGGAUGGGUUUUUGGUUGCGGGGGAUUGAUUUGUUAUAAUGCCUUAUUUACUUACUGAUAUAUCAACAAUCUUAUACUAUUUAUAACAAAUAUUAAAUGAUACAAUAAAUAUACUUCUCCAGUCUAUUCCU